AUGGGUGAUCACAUUGGGUCAAGUGUCUCUUCUCUUUACAACAAUUCAGUACAAAAUGAAGUUGUUAUUCCUCAAAUGUCUGCAACAGCUUUGCUUCAAAAAGCUGCUCAAAUGGGUUCAACAGCAAGCAGUGGAAGUGGUUCUUUGCUUAGAGGUUUUGGCAGUUCUUCAUUAAGUGGUCCUAAAUCGGGAAAAGCUGUGCAAGUUGAAUUUGGUGAUGCCACAAAGGUUGCUGAUCCAUCAGAUGCUCACUCAGUCAAGCGAUCAUUUCCUCUGACAUAUGGGAAACCAUUAAUUCAUUUCUCAAAAAAGUCUGGUGGAGUCUCGAGUACCACCGCCACCGAGUUAAAAGAAGCAAUGAGGUACAAACUGCAUUGUUAUUUCCUGACUUUGGUUGUGGAAGAAAAAGUAGAUAAAUCAAAUUCUCUGGAAUAUCAGUUUAUUGAUUUUGUUCUCCUCAGUAGUACUGAUUCAAUCAAAUUGAUUGUUUUCAGAGUUGGGGUCGUAUUUUGUGGACGCCAAUCUCCUGGAGGACAUAAUGUUAUAUGUGGACUUUAUGAUGCUAUCAAGUUUUACAACCCCAAAAGUACCCUGAUAGGAUUUUGUGGAGGUACUGAAGGCUUAUUCGCACAAAAAUCCAUUGAAAUCACAGAAGAUAUUGUUCUGACAUAUCGUAAUCAGGGUGGUUAUGACAUGCUGGGUAGAACAAAGGAUCAGAUUAGAACAAGUGAGCAAGUGAAAGCUGCAAAGGAUGCUUGUGAGGCUUUGAACUUAGAUGGGCUUGUCCUAAUUGGUGGGGUCAUCACUAAUACUGAUGCUGCACAGCUUGCUGAAACAUUUGCUGAAGAAAAAUGCAAAACAAAGGUGGUUGGCGUUCCUGUUACAUUGUAUGGUGAUCUAAAGAACCAGUUUGUUGAAGCAAAUGUUGGGUUUGAUACAAUAUGCAAGGUGAAUUCGCAACUUAUCAGCAAUUUAUGCACUGAUGCUCUCUCUGCAGAAAAGGUACACCUUUAAGGAGUUGUUUGGAAUGCUAUCAGAUAUUCCCAAUCAUAGAUCAAAAU